AUGAAUCACGGCACCGAGAAUCCGGCUCAUUAUCGCACAGGAGGACCCGGAUUCAACGCCGUGGAUAUUGGUCAUUUCAACCUCAAUCUAUGGAACGUUUAUCUCCAAGAUUAUGUGGAUGGACAGCAUGUGAGGGGCAUCAUGUUGAAGGUUGGUUCUUUUCGACGAGCGGUUAAAGUCCAACGACGUCAGGAUGAAAGAUAUCAUCGUCAAUUUCAUAAAACACGAGACGUCAAAUCGCGUGCGCCGGAACAAUUAUACGCGUCUGAUAUGAGAGGUAUGAGACCAUGGCUAAAAAAUAGCCGAGGCGAUGAUCGGCCCGGGAGAGGCAAUAAACUAAAAUCAGUUACCUACUCAUCGAGAACAAACGUCUGGCAAGUAGGACUGAUAAUGUUUUGUAUCAUCCAUAUGACCAAGGAGGUGGAUCGGGACAACGUGGAACGAAUUUGGGAUCGUAGUACGGGGCGUCUAGCAACUGGAAAAUAUUGUAAAGGAGAGUAG